AUCCGCAACUUCGCAGCCUAGCCCGGGGCGGGGAGUCCUGGGGAACACGUCACAGAAGGCGGGGAGAGGGCGGUCCGCGCAGCGGAGGAGGGACCGCCCGGGCUGCCUAGCCGGGGAUGGGGUCGGGUAGAGGGGACCAAAAACCCAGUCUACAGUCAGAGCGAGAAGAGGAAGGAAAAAGACAGAGUGGGCCAUGGGACAAACAGACUCAGAGAGGUUCAGAGACUGUGGGAGAAAGAUCCGGAGAGAGACAGAAACUAAGGAAGGGACCCAGAGAAAGAAAAGGGGAGCAAAGACCCAGAGUGAGAGAGAGGAGAACAGAGAUACAGAGAGAAUGAGACACACAGAGACAGAGACAGAGAAACGCAGAGAGAGAGGGGGUAGAGGACAGAGGCCCAGAAUCAGAGAGAGGCCGACCAGGAGAGAUCAGGGAAGACACAGGAAGAGUUGGGGGUGCAGAGGGGGAGCGGUUAGAAUUCUGAAAAAGAACAGGGACCCUCAGACCAGUGACUAGAAUGGGGAGGGGCUUGAUUCAUAAAAAAAAACCCCAAAGGCAUGGAGAUGUUGACAAGUGUGGGAUGGCCCCUAGAGAAGGCAGGGUAUACCCGUCUCAUGCCAAGUCCCUAUGUGGGGACAGCUGGGGCCUAGUAACCUGAGCCCCCAGCACCCUCCCCCCUGCUGUAUUUAUAGCUCUGGCCUGGUCCCCUGCCCCCAGAUCUGAGUUCCAGGGACAGGAGGUCAUAGGGCAUUGGGGACAGGUCUCCCUCGCUCUCUUCCACAGCCUCUGCAUGACACCCACUUUCACACCAAAUGUCUCAUCCCGCUGCACAUUCUUCAUGAUUGUACCCCUAACUCUUGCACUGUAGGGGUCCCUUGGCUCCUAUACACACCCUUCAUCUCCCAGUGCCCAGGCUUCUCCAGCAUGACACUCUAAAAGUCUAGCCUGUGUCUUCAAGAUGCCAAACUUGAGAUUUUGGGAAGUCCAAAGACAAGUCCCUGCGCCCCCCUCCUGGCCAUGAAGACCUUUCCACCACUCAGUCCUGAGCCAGAGGAACAGGAGGGGAGGGGCAGGCAGGGAGUGACCAGAAUAACUUAGGCUGAGGAUAAAUUUAGCCACAAGGAGGGGAGGGGACAGACCCCAUUGGCCCAGGAGUGGGAAGGGAGGUCCUGGAACCAGGGUCACGACUCUAAAGAGGACAUCCUCAGAGAGGCAUCCAAGACCCGGGGAAGAUAGACAAGCAAAAAGUGGGAGUGAUACCACCACCCAAGAGAGACAACCUGAAAGAACAAAAACAGUGCAAGGACCCAUCGGAGGUAGCUGAAGCCAGGCUUGGGAGAAGGUCAUCUGCUAAACAUCCCCAUGGGCUUCCAGGGGCCAUGGCUGCAUAUUUGUCUCCUUUGGGCCACAGUGGCCAGCGUGCUGGUCCCUCCAGUGGUGACCCAGGAGCUGAGAGGGGCUGGACUGGGCCUCGGCAACUGGAAUAACAAUGCAGGCAUCCCUGGGUCUUCAGAGGACAUGUCAGCUGAGUUUGGCCACCACAUCCACAGCCAUGGGGGCUAUCAAAGUGAAAAGGACAGAGACCAUAGAGCAGAGGAUGAGGAUUUCUCCAGAGAAUAUGGCCACCAGCUCCAAGACCACAGGUACCCUGGCCAUGAGGCUGGAGAGGAGAAUAUCUCCGAAGAGAUCUUCAGAGGGCAUGUUAGACAGGCCCAUGGGCACAGAGGACAUGCCAGUGAAGAUUUGGGGGACUCAGCAGAGCCUGAGAACCACUUCCACACACAGAGGAGUCAUAGCCAUGAAGAUGAAGAUGAGGAUAGUGUUGUCUCCAAUGAGAAUCACCAUGGCCACAGAGGGGAAGAUGAUGAUGGAGAGGAGGAGGAGGAGGCAGAAAUGGAGGAGAACUCUGACAACAAGCACCAGGCCCAUGAUCAUCAGAGCCACUCAAAGGAAGGGGGUUCAGAUGAACACCAUGAUGCCUACAGCCACAGCCACAGCCACAGCCACAGCCACAGCCACAGAGACCACAAAGAUGAAGAUGAUGAUGGUGAUGCCACUGAGUAUGGAGACCAGGCCCACAAACAUUGGCACCAUGAGGAGGAAGAUGAUGGAGACUCAGAUGGAGACCAUCAUGCCCACAGUCACAGACAAGAAGGUGAUGAAGAUGAAGACGACGAUGAUGAUGGUGACUCCAGUGAAUAUGGACACCAGGCCCAGGGCCACCAAGGCCACAAAGACAGAGAAUAUGAUGAUGAUGAUGAUGAUGAUGAUGAUGAUGAUGAUGACGGCAACUCCACUGAGCACGGGCACCAGGCCCAAGGCCACAGAAAGGGAGAAGAUGAAGAUGAGUCAGAUGAAGACUACUAUCAUGCCUCCAGGCAUGGACAUCGAGCCCAUGAAGAUGAAGAUGAAGAUGACAACGACUCCACUGAGCAUGGGCACCAGGUCUGCAGACACCAAGGCGAUGAGAAGGAAAGUGAUGAGGAUGACUUAGAUGGAGACUACCGUCAUGUCCCCAGCCAGGGCCACCAAAGCCACCAAGAUGAGGAAAAGGAAGAUGAGACUGUAUCCAAUGAACAUUGGCACCAGUCUCCCAGAUACACUCACCAUGGCCUUGGAAGUGACACUCAAGAAGAGGAGGUAACAGUCAAACUCAGCCACCAUGUUGCAAGCCACCAACCCCAAGGCCACAAGUCUGACAAGGAGGAGGACUUCCCAGAAGAAUAUAUGACAGAAGUCCCUGGCCAUCACCCCCAUAGAGUCUCCAGGGAGGAACAUGAGGACAAUUCUGCUGAGUUUGGCCACAAGGUCCCCAGCCACAGGCCACAAGAUCAAGAUGAACAGACCAGCCAGGGUCACAGAGAGUCUGUCCAAGGUGACUUUAAUCACCGGCCCCUGCAGUCUACAGGGGCUGGUUCUAAAGAACCAAGGAAGGAAGAUGACCACAGUUCUCAAGAGGGAGAUGAGGACACAGAAACAAGCAAAGGAGCUCACAGUGAGGAGGAGGAAGAGGAGGAGGAGGAGGAUGGCCAUGGAUUCCCCAUGAGCCAGGAAGAUGAGGAAGAGGAAGAAAAAGAUGAGAAGGAGAGCAGGGAAAACAGGGCUGAGGUUCUGACUCCACUGAGCCAUCACAGAAAGCAGCAGCAGCAGCAGGAGGAGGAGGAGGAGGAGGAGGAGGAAAUCUUAGAAGAAAACCUGCUACCUUUCACUAUCAUCCCAAACCCCCUGGCUGGGAGGGAGGUGGCCAGAGAAGGUUCCAGUGAGGAAGAGAGCCGUGAAGUCCCAGGUCAGCACGAUGCCCAGGAGUGUGAGAACUACCAGCCAGGGUCCCUGUGUGGCUAUUGUUCUUUCUGCAAUCGAUGUACUGAAUGUGAAAUCUGUCACUGUGAUGAGGAGAACAUGGGGGAACACUGUGACCAGUGUCAGCACUGCCAAUUCUGCUACCUCUGCCCGCUGGUCUGUGAAACCCUCUGCACUCCAGGAAGCUACAUAGACUAUUUCUCAUCCUCCCUGUAUCAAGCCCUGGCUGACAUGCUAGAGACUCCAGAGCCCUGACCUAGCCACAGCUGUGGCAGAUGCACCUCUCCUGACCUGCCCAUCUGACAAGAGCCCUGAAUAAAUGUGCUCC